AUGUUUAAGCACCUUGCUCUCUUCGCCCUUAUGGCGGCACCUCUUAUCGAGGCUCACUACGGCUUCGCCGUCCUUACCAAGAUGUCGCUGGAAAAGUUGAAGCUCAAGGGGGCUUAUACGAGUUCAUCCGGAGAGGCACCCGACCGGGUGCGAUCGAUACCUGGCCACUAGAUAACAUUACCGACAAAGAGAUUCGAUGCAACGUGGGAGGCGAGCAAGCAGGAGACGACCAAGGAGGAACGACAAAGGUAAGCGACCCCAUUACCACAAAAAAUUUUACCUCCAAAACUCCUAUCAAUGUGCUUUCCAGACCUUCACAGCCGAAGCAGGUACCAGCUUAGGCUUCAAAAUGCUCCUGACCUCGGGAAUGCAUCCCGGUCCAGCAAGCGUCUACAUGUCCAAAGCGCCCGCUGCAGUUUCCGACUACGAUGGAAGCGGAGACUGGUUCAAGAUCCACGAGGAGAGUGUUAUCUCGGAUGAGUCCCCCAUGCGAUCGGUGGAGACCUGGACCACGUUUGACAAGACCCAAGUCAACUUCACGAUUCCAAAGGAUGUACCGGAUGGCGAGUAUCUGGUCCGAAUUGAACAUAUUGGGUUACAGCAUGUUCCUGCUGGACCAGCUGAAUUUUAUAUUUCGUGUGCACAUUAA